AUGUCGCACUCGCACGGGCCAGACGGGGCAGCAGGAGGACUUCACACCACCAACAACACAUCCCAACCACAACCGCAAGGAAUCGCACAACCCCCACCACCAGUAGUCCUCACACCGGCAUUACUCGAAUCCCUCAAGGUCUCAAAGAUCUUCAAGGACAACACCCAGGCCAUCACCUCUAUUCACUUUGACGACUCCGGUUCCAAAUGUGUCACCAGUGCUACUGACGAGAGUCUUCACGUCUACGACUGUUAUACCGGAAAGCUGGAGAAGACAUUGUUCAGUAAAAAGUACGGAGUCAACCUGGCGCGGUUCACGCAUCGGUCUACAAGCGUCGUCUACGCAUCUACAAAGGAAGAUGACACACUUCGGUAUCUCUCGCUGCACGACAACAAAUACAUCAGAUACUUUCGCGGACACGAGAAAAGGGUCACUUCGUUGGAGAUGUCGCCGCUGGAUGAUCAGUUCUUGGCAGGAAGUCAGGAUACAGUACGGUUGUGGGAUCUGCGUAGUCCCAACUGCCAGGGUGCGUUGUCGGUGAUGGGACAGCCAGUGGUGGCAUUUGAUCCCAGUGGCCUCGUCUUCGCCGUAGCAUUAGGAGGAACCCUCCGCCUCUAUGAUGUCAAAUCCUUCGACCAAGGCCCCUUCGUCACAGCAAUGAUAGGUGACUCCUUAGGCAUCCCACACACAAGCAUCUACGCCACCCAGAUCGAAUUCAGCUCGGACGGGAAAAGCCUCUUGGUCACCACUGGAUCGGACGCCCAUUACAUCGUUGACGCCUACACACCUUCUGUUACAAUGUUCAAACUUGUCGGACAUAACACUAAUACUUUUGGAAAUGAGCCGUUUACGAGUGGGAGUGAGGCUUGUUGGACUCCUGACGGGAAGUGUGUUGUCUCGGGAUCGCGUGAUGGCGAUAUCUAUGUCUGGGAUAUCUCGAAAGCGAUUGCGGACCAGGCUGCGGGGCUUGUGAAUGGAUCUGCAGGAAAUGCCAGUAACUCUACAAACGGAAGUACCGGCAGCCUUUUGCAGAGCAAUGGUGAACUGCGGCCCUUCAAGACCCUCAAGGCCCAUGGCACCCCGAGCCAUAUCGUCGCCUUCAACCCCAAGUACCUCAUGAUGGUCAGCGGUUCCACCGAGCUGGCAUUCUGGGAGCCAGAUCCAAAUGCUGCAGUUGUCGAUGCCCUUCACGACUUUUCAAAAGGAGGCCGUUACUAG